GCUAGGGAGGGCGGGGCUUGGAGGGGCCGUAGAGUCACCUGACCGCGGGAGGCUCCGCGCGCGGAGGGUGCUGAUUGCUGCAGGUCUAGGGGAGUCGCCAUGCCUACAACACAGCAGUCGCCCCAGGAUGAGCAGGAGAAGCUCCUGGAUGAGGCUGUGCAGGCCGUGAAGGUGCAGUCAUUCCAGAUGAAGAGAUGCCUGGACAAGAACAAGCUCAUGGACGCUCUGAAGCACGCCUCUAACAUGCUUGGUGAGCUCCGGACUUCUAUGUUAUCACCAAAGAGCUACUAUGAACUUUAUAUGGCUAUUUCUGAUGAACUGCACUACUUGGAGGUCUACCUGACGGACGAGUUUGCCAAAGGGCGGAAGGUGGCGGAUCUCUAUGAACUCGUGCAGUACGCUGGGAACAUCAUCCCUCGGCUUUACCUGUUGAUCACGGUUGGAGUGGUAUAUGUCAAGUCUUUUCCUCAGUCCAGGAAGGACAUUUUAAAGGAUUUGGUAGAAAUGUGCCGGGGUGUGCAGCACCCCCUGAGAGGUCUGUUCCUUCGGAAUUACCUUCUUCAGUGUACCAGGAACAUCCUGCCUGAUGAGGGAGAGCCAACAGAUGAAGAAACGACCGGCGACAUCAGUGAUUCCAUGGAUUUUGUACUACUCAACUUUGCAGAGAUGAACAAGCUCUGGGUGCGAAUGCAGCAUCAGGGACAUAGCCGAGACAGAGAGAAGAGAGAGCGGGAGAGGCAGGAGCUGAGAAUUCUGGUGGGAACAAACCUGGUGCGCCUCAGUCAGCUGGAGGGUGUCAACGUGGAACGUUACAAACAGAUUGUUUUGACUGGCAUAUUGGAGCAAGUCGUGAAUUGUAGGGAUGCUUUGGCUCAAGAAUACCUCAUGGAGUGUAUUAUUCAGGUGUUCCCUGACGAAUUCCACCUGCAGACUUUGAACCCUUUUCUUCGGGCCUGCGCUGAGCUGCACCAGAGUGUGAACGUGAAGAACAUCAUCAUUGCUCUGAUCGACAGAUUAGCUUUAUUUGCUCACCGUGAAGAUGGACCUGGAAUUCCCGCAGAUAUUAAGCUCUUUGACAUAUUUUCACAGCAGGUGGCUACAGUAAUACAGUCUAGACAAGACAUGCCUUCGGAGGAUGUUGUAUCUUUACAAGUCUCCCUCAUCAACCUUGCUAUGAAGUGCUACCCUGACCGCGUGGACUAUGUUGAUAAAGUUCUAGAAACAACAGUGGAAAUAUUUAAUAAGCUCAACCUUGAACAUAUUGCCACCAGUAGUGCGGUUUCAAAGGAGCUUACCAGACUUCUGAAGAUACCUGUGGACACGUACAACAAUAUUUUAACGGUCUUGAAGUUAAAACAUUUUCACCCGCUCUUUGAGUACUUUGACUAUGAGUCCAGAAAGAGCAUGAGUUGUUACGUGCUUAGUAAUGUUCUGGAUUAUAACACAGAAAUUGUCUCUCAAGACCAGGUGGACUCCAUAAUGAAUCUGGUAUCCACAUUGAUUCAGGACCAGCCAGAUCAGCCCGUGGAAGACCCUGACCCAGAGGACUUUGCCGACGAGCAGAGCCUUGUGGGCAGGUUCAUUCAUCUGCUGCGGUCCGAGGACCCUGACCAGCAGUACUUGAUUUUAAACACGGCACGAAAACAUUUUGGAGCUGGCGGGAACCAGCGGAUCCGCUUCACGCUGCCGCCCCUGGUGUUCGCGGCCUACCAGCUGGCCUUUCGCUACAAGCGGAAUUCUAAAGCGGAUGACAAAUGGGAAAAGAAGUGCCAGAAGAUCUUUUCCUUUGCUCACCAGACUAUCAGUGCUCUGAUCAAGGCAGAGCUGGCGGAGUUACCCCUACGACUUUUUCUUCAGGGGGCGUUAGCUGCUGGAGAAAUCGGCUUUGAAAAUCACGAGACAGUAGCAUAUGAAUUUAUGUCUCAGGCGUUUUCUCUGUACGAGGAUGAGAUCAGCGAUUCCAAAGCCCAGCUGGCAGCCAUCACGUUGAUCAUCGGGACUUUUGAAAGGAUGAAGUGCUUCAGCGAAGAGAACCACGAGCCCCUGCGGACUCAGUGUGCUCUUGCCGCAUCCAAACUCCUCAAGAAGCCCGACCAGGGCCGAGCUGUGAGCACCUGUGCCCAUCUCUUCUGGUCGGGCAGGAACACAGACAAAAAUGGGGAGGAGCUGCAUGGAGGCAAGAGGGUAAUGGAAUGCCUGAAGAAAGCUCUAAAAAUAGCAAAUCAGUGCAUGGACCCCUCGCUACAAGUGCAACUUUUUAUAGAAAUUUUGAACAGAUACAUCUAUUUUUAUGAAAAGGAGAAUGAUGCGGUCACGAUUCAGGUUUUGAACCAGCUUAUCCAGAAGAUCCGAGAAGACCUCCCCAAUCUCGAGUCCAGUGAAGAAACAGAGCAGAUUAACAAACAUUUCCAUAACACGCUGGAGCACCUGCGCUUGAGGCGGGAGUCCCCUGAAUCGGAGGGGCCCAUUUAUGAAGGCCUUGUCCUGUAAAGGGAACAGGCCCACCAUGCUCCUUUCCACAUACAUCCAGAGGGUUAUUACACUAGGUCUCCCUUCCAUAGAUUGUGCCUUUCAGAAAUGCUGAGGUAGGUUUCCCGUUUCUUACCUGUGAUGUGUUUGACCCAGCACCUCCGGACACUCGCCUUCAAGACCUUAAUAAAGUUACUCACUUCAUAAGUGUUCAGGUCGUCUGCUCACCCAAAGUAGCAUGAUUGACUUGCUAUUUAAAAUUCCUGUGAUCUGUAAAAAACAAACAAAACAAAUACUUAAAAAACACUUCUCGUGGAUACUGAUGAAGCUCUCCUUCCUUUCUUCCUAUUCUGUUUCAUUGUUGAUUGUGUAAUUUCCUCAUUACUUGGGAGUACUAACCUGGGAGUGUCUGUCUCUUUGUUCUCUAGUCCAAUUUGAGGUUAAUUUAGACGAAAGGAAUACUGUAAGUGAAAUUCAGCUUGGGCUUUUCCCUAAAUGCAAGAUAAGGCCAUGUAUAAUAUUUUCCCUAAAACUAGAAUAUAUUAAUGCAUGUUUGAGAACUUUAAAGCACCAUGGUCAAAACCAGAAGCUAUAUUUUGCAUAUUUGGACUCAGCCAUCCAUUAAGAACCUAUGUUGUCCUCUUGACAUAUUUAUCAAAAUAAUUUUGUUCUAAAUAGUAUAAAAUGGAAAAUUUGUGAUCUAUAUAAUUUAUGUAUAACCUUCAUUAUUGUAAAUUUAGGGGGAGAUGCAUCAUACCAUUAUCCCAAUUUUUUUUUUUCCACCAGUGAAAAUAAAGUUGCUAUUAACAUUUU